AGCUAACUUCCUUCCAGCGUUUCCUGAGCUGGAUGAUCCUAGGAUUUGUAAGACAGGAAAAAAGGGCAGGCGUGAGGGCGGGCGCGGAGACAGGAUGCUUGUUUUUCGCUGCGCCGUCUGAGCGCAGCCGCGCGGGCCCAGGCUGAGCCACAGCAGCCCCGGGGCUGUCCCUCGCCGCUGCCGGCCGCCCGCGCCCUGUCCUGGGCACCUGGGUAGGCGGAGAGGAGAGCCGCGCCAGGACGCCGCAGGAACCCGGGGAAGUCGCGGGGACUCGGAGUGAGGAAGCCGGGACCCUGGAGGCCCGUUGGACUGCAGGCUCCGCGGGCUGGUGCUCCCCGCCGCGCCCCGGCCCGCACCCCGCCGCACCCUGCCCUGCGCGCCACGCCCCGGGAUCGCAGAGCAGCUACACCGCCACGUCCCUCCGCGCGCCCAUGCCGGCCCCCAGCGCCGCGCAGCACCGGUGAUCGAACCCCCGAGAGCAUAGUCCCGGGGGUGCCAAGCAGAGGGAGCGGAGACGGAGGGGCAGCCUCUUGGGACUAACUCAUGAAGAACAAGGGUGCCAAGCAGAAGCUGAAACGAAAGGGAGCCGCCAGUGCGUUUGGAUGUGACCUGACGGAGUAUCUGGAAAGCUCGGGACAGGAUGUUCCACAUGUGCUGAAGAGCUGUGCCGAAUUUAUAGAGACUCACGGCAUUGUGGAUGGAGUCUACCGUCUUUCAGGUGUCACCUCAAACAUACAGCGGCUAAGGCAAGAGUUUGGCUCAGAUCAAUGUCCAGAUCUGACAAGGGAAGUGUACCUCCAGGACAUCCACUGUGUGGGCUCCCUCUGCAAGCUCUACUUCAGGGAGCUGCCCAACCCCCUCCUGACUUAUGAGCUCUAUGAGAAAUUCACGGAAGCAGUGUCUCAUUGCCCAGAAGAAGGCCAGUUGGCCCGAAUCCAGAAUGUUAUCCAGGAGCUGCCCCCAUCCCAUUAUAGGACCUUGGAAUACCUAAUUCGACACCUGGCCCACAUUGCCUCGUUCAGCAGCAAGACCAACAUGCAUGCCAGGAACCUGGCCCUGGUGUGGGCCCCCAAUCUCCUCAGGUCUAAAGAAAUUGAAGCCACUGGUUGCAAUGGAGAUGCAGCCUUCCUGGCAGUCCGGGUCCAACAGGUGGUGAUUGAGUUCAUAUUGAAUCAUGUGGAUCAAAUCUUCAACAACGGUGCUCCUGGGACUCUGCAACAGGAUGAAAACUGGCCCAUGACAAAGAGCCUGACCCUGCCAGCCCUGUCCCUGCCCAUGAAGUUGGUGAGCUUGGAGGAGGCUCAGGCCCGAAGCCUGGCUACAAACCACCCUGCUCGGAAGGAAAGGCGGGAGAACAGCUUGCCCGAGAUCGUCCCUCCCAUGGGCACCCUCUUCCACACUGUUCUUGAGCUACCAGACAACAAGAGAAAGCUUUCAAGUAAGUCAAAGAAGUGGAAAUCAAUAUUUAACCUGGGGCGCUCCGGAUCGGAUUCCAAAUCCAAGCUGAGCAGAAACGGGAGUGUAUUCGUGAGAGGACAGAGGCUCUCGGUGGAAAAGGCUACUAUCCGGCCAGCUAAAAGCAUGGACUCACUGUGUUCGGUGCCUGUGGAAGGAAAAGAAACCAAAGGAAAUUUCAAUCGAACAGUCACCACUGGGGGAUUUUUCAUUCCAGCCACAAAAGUGCACACAACCAACACUGGCAGCUCCUGUGACCUCAGCAAGCAAGAGGGUGAAUGGGGCCAAGAGGGAAUGCCAGCUGGGGCCGAGGGGGGCUGUGAGGUGGGUGGUCAGGUCCGGCCCCUGCCUGAGCAGCUGAAGGUAUUCCGCCCCAUCGAGGAUCCCGAGAGCGAGCAGUCUGCCCCAAAGAUGCUGGGGAUGUUCUACACCUCAAGCGACAGCCCCAGCAAAUCCGUCUUCACCAGUAGCUUCUUCCAGAUGGAGCCUUCGCCACGCCACCAGCGCAAGGCGCUCAACAUCUCUGAGCCCUUCGCCGUGUCUGUGCCACUCCGCGUGUCGGCGGUCAUUAGCACUAACAGCACUCCGUGCAGGACACCCCCGAAGGAGCUGCAGUCUCUCUCAAGCCUAGAAGAGUUUUCUUUCCAGGGCUCAGAGAGUGGAGGGUUGCCAGAAGAGGAGAAGCCCCAGGGAGCUGAGCCUUCUCCAGCCUCUGUUGCUAAGAAGACAGCUCCUGAGGACAGCACAGCAGAACCUGAAACCCCAGGGACAGUGGAAUGCAGCCAAGGCCUUCCCCUGGAGCCAGACCCCCCAGUAGAGAAAACCUUGGAAAACUCCUUGGGUUCUCAGUUUUCAAGAGAACCAGAGAAGAGACCAAGUGCAGAGAAUGUGGUGGAGGAGAGCCUAGGGCCUAGGCAGCUGGAGCCUAGCAUUCCACAAGAGAGCCUCAGGGCCAGAACUGAAGCCAUGCUCCUCCAUGAGAUGGAUGAAGAUGACUUAGCUCAUGCCCUGAUCUGGCCUGAAAUCCAACAGGAACUGAAAAUCAUCGAAUCAGAGGAGGAGCUCUCUUCGUUACCACCACCUGCUCUGAACACAAGCCCAGUUACUGAGUCAAAUCCAGCCCCGGUUCCUUUCCCAGAGCCCCCUGGGAGCUUGCCUGGUAGCACCACACCCCUGGAAGCAUGGACUAGGGACUCAACCGAUCAGAGCACACAGGGGGCUGCCAUAGUAGCCAAUAGAGAGAAGCUGGAGCCAGUAAGCCUCCCUAGAUUAGAACCAGAGCUGGGGCUCAGCCCAGACCGGGCCAGUCUGGCUCCUCUGGAAAUAGUUCCAUUUGAGAAGAUAACCUCUCCAGCAAGGAUGGAACUGAGAGGCCCAGGAAAAUUCUCUCCUCCACUCCCUCCUGCUCCUCCCCCUCCUACUCCUUUGGAGGAGGAACCUCAAAUCUUAUUGUCAAAGGAAGGCCCUGACAGAGAAGAUGGAUCCAGGGAUUCCAGGACAAAUCCCUGUACAGAGCAGCCUAAGUCCAAAGACAGCCCUGGCAUCCCUAGCUUCUGUCAAAGAGAGGAGGCCAUUGCAAGUCAAAAUGAAAGGCAAAAUGCAAAGCAUAGUGCUCCUGAGGGCAAACGUCCUGGUUUUCAAAGCCCAACAAAGGAAGUCGAAGUCGCUACACAAGAAGAGGGGGAUGCCUCCCAUUCAGUACAGGAGCCUUCAGACUGUGAUGAAGAUGACACUGUGACAGACAUUGCUCAUCAUGGCCUGGAGAUGGUAGAGCCCUGGGAAGAGCCCCAGUGGGUGACUAGUCCCCUUCAUUCUCCCACCCUGAAAGAAGUACAGGAGUCCCAGGUGCAAGGGUUCCAAGGCCAUCGAUUAGAGAGGAGGCUUCACCACAGACCCAGCCUUCGCCAGAGCCAUUCUCUAGAUAGCAAAACCACUGAUAAGAGCCAGUGGACUCUCGAGGUGCCCUCCUCCAGCAGCUGUGCUAAUCUUGAAACAGAGAGGAAUUGCGAGCCUCUACAGCCCCUGGCAGCCAGGAUCAAGAUUACUGGAUGGGAUGAGAAAGCCCUGAAGGCCUUCAGAGAGUUCUCUGGCCUAAAAGGGGUAGAGGUUCUUCCCAAAUCUGGUAUAUUAUCUAAACCAGCAGAAAUCAAUCCCAUCAGCCCAUCAGCAGAAGAAGAGCAGGGGCCGCAGAUGGAACUCAACAACCCUCAGAUGAAGCAAGAUGCUGCUCCUGAACCAGGCAGCAGCAAGGAAAGCUCUCCCAGGGCUCAAGAAAGCACUUCGCCUGGGGAGCACCCCCCAAAGUUACAGUUGAAGACCACUGAAUGUGGGCCCUCAAAAGGGAAAAACAGGCCUUCUUCCCUCAACUUGGACUCUGCCACUCCCAUCACUGACCUCUUCCGACUUGAGAAUGGGGCUUCGUUUAGUACACCUGGAAUACAGGUCUCUGAACUGGGAGACCCCAAGGUCACCUGGUCAACUUCUUCUCACUAUAAAGCAGCCCCCUGGACACACUCACAGGAAACCCAAGACCUGGACAUUGUUGCCCAUGCCCUGACAGGCCGGCGAAACUCAGCUCCUGUGAGCGUGUCAGCUGUGAGAACCUCCUUCAUGGUCAAAAUGUGUCAGGCCAAGGCAGUUCCUGUCAUCCCACCCAAGAUUCAGUAUACACAGAUACCACAGCCCUUACCCUCUCAGAACAUAGGGGAAGGUGGGGCUCAGCCUCCAGAGAGGAGCCAAGAAGAACCUAGCUCAACUAGUGAGACCCCUCAGAAACCCGCCAAAGACGAGUCUCCCUCUUCCCUGGAAAGCCCCAAGGGAGAGCAACCAAAGCAAGAUACAGGAGCCUUUGCAUCCCCAAGGAAGGAGAGUGCCACCUCCUGCACUUCAUCCUGUACAUGUGAGGGGCCUGCCCUCUCUCCAGAACCAGCUAUGUCUCAUAUGCUGUCUACCCAGGAUGCAAUGGUGCAAUGCAGAAAGCGCACAUCAGAGACAGAACCAUCUGGAGACAACCUUCUUUCUUCAAAACUGGAGCGACCUUCUGGGGGUCCUAAGCCUUUCCACAGGCCAAGGCCAGGAAGACCUCAGAGCCUAAUCUUAUUCCCCAUCAUGGAUCACCUACCCCCCUCAUCCACAGUAACAGAUUCCAAGGUCCUGCUGUCCCCGAUCAGAAGUCCCACUCAGACAGUUUCCCCUGGCCUUCUCUGUGGGGAGUUGGCAGAAAACACGUGGGUCACACCAGAAGGGGUUACGCUUAGGAAUAAAAUGACCAUCCCUAAAAAUGGCCAAAGACUAGAGACUUCAACUAGCUGUUUUUACCAGCCCCAGCGCAGAUCUGUGAUUCUGGAUGGAAGAAGUGGGAGGCAGAUAGAAUGACACCAGUUCACCUGCUGGUUCACCUGAAAGUCAUCACUGGACCAAAUGGCCAUUUUUCCAGGCACAGGUUAUCUAAAUUCAGGCUUAUUUUGGCCUCUGACAUCUCUGUUUUCAACUUUGGACCACACAUGAGUCCAUUUGCCAGAAGAGUGGUCCAGGAAUGGACCAAAAAGUAAAACUUAAGUGAGCAAGUGGGAAGGUUAGAGAGGGAAGAGGAUGGAGUGCUUGCCUCCAAUGAAACUGGGGCUUGUUUGUGAAUUGUAUUACCAUUACCAUUAGCUACUACUGCCUAGAGCUAGCUGUGAUAAUGUCCCUUGAAAGAAAAAAAAAAAUCCUUCACCUGUGUCAGAAAAACACUGUUGUGAUCGAAGGCCUCUUCAGGCUU